AAAGCCGAAGAAGAAGAGAUACUCACGAGUAUGACACGCUGCCAAAGCCUGCAUUCCUACGGAUCCGCCGCGAUGGCCGAGAGCGGAUCGCUGUGGGCGGACAAGAAAGAAUCUAGAUGCCCCAGAGGGACCAUCACCUGCGGCAUGCUGCCCACUUUACGAGCCUUGGCGUCCAAAGAAUGCGAGAACAGCCAGGGCACCAUCUGCCUGGUGCCAUUCGACACAGAUAUGGACUCCGCCAGCCACCUGCAAAUGAUUCUGCUGGAGGCCUAUUGUCGCGAGACUGGCAUCAAGGUCUUACGGGUGUCCAGAGAAAGGAUAAGGGAUCAUCUGUGCCCGGGAAGCUGCGACCUGUCCUGCGUGCUAAUCUCCAACGACGAUCCAUAUUUCCUCGAUCCCCCGGAGUGAAAACACGGAUCGCUUGGGAAGCUUCCGCUAUAAUCUCGACUGGAGUCGGUCACGUGAUCAUUUUCAAAAAAUGGCAGUUGACGAACACCGUUGGACCUACGGCAGAAUUUCUGAUCGAUUCUCCGCCGACAAGUGUUAGCGGACUGAUUGAUCGUUAAACAAAAAAAAAGAGCCCAUUUGAUAACAGACGAUAAUUAGCGCUCUUGAGAUAACAAGGAUAUCUGCACAGCUCGCGAUAAAUAUCGAUCGCUGUGAACGUCGCGUUGGACGCCACGUCAAUUGUCUACUGGUGGACAAUCUACGGUAUCCUAUACAGUGCGAAAUGUAACGAAUUACGAAACUCGGACAGGCAAUAUUAUCUCGCCGUUUAACAUUGUCCAGAGCGACUGUGGCUGCUCGAAGUCACAUGUGUGUGAGUGCACGCGCAACAGAUUACUGUAAUUUUUCAUAGGAGGAUUCGAUUGGAGUUUAUUUUUGUAAUCGACGAUGCUGCAGAAACUAUAUUGUAACUCGAUUAUUUUGUAAUCGUGUAUUUGUAAUCAACGAACGUGACUCUGUUGUUCGCUCGUAUCCUUCCGCCGUUCUAGUCCAAGAUAAUGUCCGCGGUCGACGCAAGGAGGCCGACGCAGAGUCAUUUGAAUCCGUCAUGAAAUAAUUUUCAUUGUACUCCUUUUUAUGGAAAUAAAAAUUAUUGUUCGAAACAGCAA